UAGUCCAUACCCCGAACCACAGUAUAGAGUAUACUAAUAAACUAAUUUUACUCAACACCAAUAUGAUUAGUAUACUGUGCACGGGACAUACCUAUACUCUACAGUUAUUUCUACCAUGGGUUGUGGGAAUAUACCUUUAGCUGCUAAGAUAAAGUGACAGUUGGUGAAACUGGAAACUGAUUAUAAAAUAUUUAAACAACAAUUUAAAAAAUGACUGGUAAAGACCAUUCAGGAGCAUCGCGAAGUUUGUUUGCCAGAUACGGACAUGACUGCACUUUAGAAAAUAUCUCGGAUACAUAUGAUUGGGAAGAAGUACCAGGAACAUCUCUUUGGUCUAAGUUUAAAAGGUGGAUAAUUCGAAUGAUAGUUGUAUCAGAAGCAAGUAAAUUUUACACACACCACCUAAGAAGCUUUGGUGCCAUUACAAAAGAAAGAAAAAGGCAACUUCGACACCAUAAGUUUAGAAUUCAUCCAUUCUGCACAGCAAGAAUAGUAUGGGCUAUUGUAAUGGUAAUAGUAAUAUUUCUUGAGCUGAUUGCAUCACCAUUUAAGUUCCUUUUAUGUGAUAAUUUGGAAUCGUUUGUUUAUACAAAAGAAUGGUUAACAUUUAGAAUGAUAAUGGACACUUUUCUAUUAUUAAAUAUAGUUAUAAAUUGCUUAACAGGAUACUAUGAUGAACCAAUGCAAGAAGUAGUAUUGGACUUCAAGAAAAUACUUUUGCAUUACUCUAGGACAACGUUAAUUGUGGAUGUAUUAUGCGCAAUUCCUGUGAACUGGGCUAUAUUUUUUUCUUUGGGACAAGACGUUAGUGUACAUAUUUAUUUCACAUGGUUAUUAAUCUUUAGAUUUUUUCUUCUUAUAGUUUUUUCCAAGUAUUUCAAAACCAUAGCUGAUUAUUUUAACAUAAAUCAUUACACCUAUAUGACAUCAAUGGUGUUUUUCUACACAUUUAUAUUCUGGCAUGUGAUGUGCUGUCUUAUAACUUUUGUAAAAUUCCACCUAGGGGAAGAUAAUCAACUGUUUAGUGGAGUAUUUUUGGAACCUUAUCAAUACAGCAGUAAGUCAAAUAAAAGUAACGUUUGGGAAAUAUAUUUUGAGGCUAUUCAUCGUAAGUCACUUAUAUUGUACAAUUCUGGAUUUGGAAAAGAUUUGCCAACAAAUGAGUACCAAAUAGUUUUGAUAUAUUGUGUAUGGUAUGGCUCUAGCUUGUUUUGUAUUUUUAUUUUGGCAAUGAUAAUGGAAAUUAAUAGGGGCAGAACAUCUUCGGCUCAUAAAUAUGAUGAAAUGGAAAAGCAAUUGAAGGAAUACAUGCAACACAAACAGUUACCGGCUCAAAUGAAAAGUAAAAUUUUGACGUACUACGAGUUCAAGUAUCAGAAGAGGUACUUUAGAGAAAAUGAGAUUUUGGCAACGAUAUCAGAACAAUUAAGACAAGAAAUGAAUCUUCAUGCUUGCAGAAAACUAGUGGAAAAUGUAAUUUUUUUUCGUAAUUUACCUUUAAAUCUACUUGUAAGAAUAAUAUCUUGUUUACGGAUAGAAGUGUAUUUGGUUAACGAUAUUAUAAUUCGUGCUAAUACUCCAGGUGCAAGUAUGUACUUUAUUUCUACAGGGACUGUGGCUAUCUAUACCAAGUCAGGAAAAGAGAUAUGUCACUUGGAAGAUGGAGCUCACUUUGGGGAGGUUGCAUUGAUAAUAAAAGAUACUUUCAGAAUUGCAACUGUGAUAGCUGUUGAGGUGUCAGAGAUAUACAGAUUAGAUCAAAAAGAUUUUGUAAAAGCUAUAAAUCCGUACCCCGACUUAUUGGCAAAUAUACAGCACAUAGCUGCUGAAAGGAUGGAAGUGGCAACGAUGUUAGACGAAUAUAAUAAGAGGGAACUGGCGAUGAAAAGAUUUAAUUUAAUAAAAUAAA